CAGAAUAUUAGAUGUUGGAGGGAGAGGUUGGUACUGAAGAUAAAAUUGUUAAAUGCCACAUUGUAUUACAAUUUAAGUAGAGUUGUUGUAUAUAUGUAUUAUUUGAUUAUAAAUAUUCCCUGU